AUGUCAAGCCGUUUCGGUUUCCAUACCAACCAUUUCGGAAUAUCGGAAGAAGAACUUGAAUAUGAUGAAAACGAUCCAUCAUGGCUUAUCACGUCACCAGGUGCAAAUGUCCUCCAUGGAAGAUAUGAGUCGGCAAAGCCAUUUGUUGAGAAAAUACAACGUCAACAACGAACAUUUUUGGAAGCAAAAGUGGAAGAACAGAGAGAACUCCGUCAAGCGAUACGUGAAAAAGUCUUGCAUGACUUUGACAAAAAGUUAAAACAACAUAUGGCGAAGUUUCAGCCGAAGCCUCGAGAACGGUUAGUAUUAGAAUUAUUUCUUGCACAACAGAAGAAGGAGCUAGAAGAAUCGUUCAUGAAAAGACUAGGAAAAAUUUAUGUUCCCGAAUCGAAAUCUGUUUCUGGUCCGCUAACAAAUGUCAAUAGUUCAAUACCACAUUCCAUGUCUAAACCUACACCAUUAGCAAAAUCGAUUUUCACUGCACCAAAAUCCCAACUACCAACAGAAGCUUUUACCUCGGUCCCUUUCUUAAGAUCAAUAGCUACCAACGAUAGAGCGACAUCGAAUAUGUUUUCAGUGUCGUCUUUAAUAACCGCUACCACUCUGAUACCAACUACCAGUUCAGUUCCUUCCAUUGUUGAUCAAGUAACUCCAAAGAUCACUGCAUCGUUUCCUGUUGCUUCGGCAUCACCUUCGACAUCAUACUCAACACCCAAAAUUCAGCAGCAGUCUGAUAUUUCUACAUUUGCUUUUUGUCCACAGAAUACCAGCACACCUACCUCCUCUCUAGAAACAUUAAAAGGUGGCCAUGCAGCACUUAUGAGAACGGAUUCUGUUCCCUCAUUCAGACCGUCAGCUUCAGGGAGUACUUCAUCGCCUUUACAACAGAUUGUUGAAGAGGAACAGUCUCUGUCAAACGAAACAACUAUCACUGCUGUGGCUAAAGAAAAUGAAUCGUUAGCUCAAUCUUCGUCAGAAUCUUUAACUGUAAACAGUAAAAUGUCGAAUGAUCCAGACAUUAAAAAUUCCAAUCAGUGCCAUCAGAUUUAUGGAUGUGAAAUAGCUUUCGCAAGAACUUUUAUGGCUAAUAUAUCUGAUUCUAUUAAAAAUGAACUUAAAUGUACGAUAAAGGAGAAGAUUUCGGUAUCAACAAAGAAAUUUGCAAAACGAAGUGAUAUUGCUCAAAUUGUUCGUUUCUUUAGCAAUUUACUCAAUGGUUUGACAGUUUAUGGUUUUAAUGACAAAAUGUUCAACUUAAAAGAUGACGAAUCGGCUCGUAAUUGGGCCAUGGUUCAUAUCAUCAACACAUAUAUGGAUCUUGUUCCACAAGAUGUAAGUCUCUUAAAAGUGGUGGCUGCUGUUCUUUCGUCGCUGGCUUUGUCUUCAGUAACUUUUUCGAAACUUCUCUAUGGAAAGUUGUUUAUCGCCUCACCUCUUUUGGCAGUCAAUCAUAAUGAAUGCUUAAAAUGUAUUCUGGAUUUAAAAGAGCGUUCAGAGAGAUUUGCUGAAACUAUGGUAGCAUGGCACAGUCGUGAAGUCGCUAUCAUAAAUUUAUUCAUUACUUUGGCGAUGUCGAGUGAAAAUGUCGGCCUUCAAACAACACCAAGAAAUCAUGGUUUAGGUUUGAUGUGGAAAAUGAUCGCUGUAACAGCUGCUGAGAAUUCGGCCUUCGGUGCUACAUUGAUAACAGAAAUUCUAAGGCAGCAUUGGACUUUGAUGCAUAAAGUCUAUGGUAAACAAAUGGAGAAGCUGAUAAUCCUAAUUGAUAGGUCGGUUCUGCCGCACUGGAGAGCAUCACUUAAGAAAAUUGCACCAGACGAUUCGGAAAUGAGUGAAACUAUUCGGAGUGUUGCCGAAAAUUAUUUGACGUCACUCAGAUUUACAAUUGGUGAUUGCUUAUUAAAUGUGCAGUAA